AUGUGUGACCACUGCAGAACUUUCAAACCGCUGCUGGAAGGGCCGGAUACCACGACAUAUUAUGAAAGGGACAGACCAGCUAUCAGCAGCGUGACACCACCAAGAAAUAGCGUGAUGCCACCAAGAAAUCUCAUGGCACCUCGAUCGCCGUCCGAUGUCGCCAGCAGAAGUUGCUGUUCAUGGAGGCGGACCUGCUGCGAUGGAGUGUGCUGCAACCGCGUUGGAAACUGCUGCGCCCCUGAAUCGGAAACUCGGUAUCGACCGGUUGAAAAACCUGUGCCCACUUAUGGCUACGAUUAUGGCCAGCCGGCGAUGGCGAGUUAUCCCGUCGGAAUGCCCGGCGCCAUGAUGCCAGACAGAGUGCCGUGUCCUACGCGUAAGGAGAAGCUACCUAUGUGUUUCGGAGGCGACUGCCAAGAUUCCGACUGCACAGGCCAACCGGACGUAAACGAGUCGACACCGAGGCAAUCGGAGCGAUAA